AAGAAAUGAGAUUUAUAAGAGAAAUACAUAAAAAAGAACCAGCCUUACAUUUAACUUAUAAAGAACCUUCUUAUCAAAUAGCCUUCAAUGGAUAAAAACUAGUGGAAAAAUCCGAACAUGUUUCGACUAGACACGUCGAUUCGCCGAAAAAUCCCUCGCACUUUCAGAAUGUUAGUUGAUAUUCAUCUACAGCCAAAAUUAAUGAUUAACUAAAAUAUGACGAGAUUUACUGGAAAAGAAGAAAACAGUAUUAACGCUGCAUCAGUCAAGGAGGAACAUGUAUAUGACACGAGCUUAGCUGAGGAUCUUGGUUUCAAGAAAGCAUUCGCGCCCGGUAUAUUAGCGGCACUGUUUUAUGGCCUCACAUCUGGCUCGAUGUCAUUUCUCAACAAGAUUCUUCUCACAUCAUAUUCCUUUCAUUUUCCAAACAUUCUCAUGUUAAUGCAAGUAACUGUCACAGCAGCUGGCCUUGAGAUAUUAAGGGCUAAAGAAAUCACAGAUAUUCCUAAAUACACAUUGGAAAGGGCCAUGACAUUUCUUAUCCCGUCAGUGUGUUUUGCUCUCCAGACAAGUUUAGCAUUGAGAGCGCUUUCCAUAUUAUCAAUUCCCAUGUAUAAUACGCUACGACGUCUUCUUCCUCUUGUUACACUGUUAUUCACAAGACUGGUUUUAAAAGCGUCUCCCUCCAAAGUCAUCAUAGCAUCAGUGAUAUUAGUAGUGAUGGGCUGCAUAAUAGCUGGAUUAGGUGAUUUGCAUUUCUCAUCUGAUGCCUAUAUCUGUGCCUUGGGCAGUGUCCUUAGCCAGUCAUUCUACCUUACAUAUAUCCAGAAAACAGGAGCUGAGAAAGGACUAUCUGCUUUAGCUGUUCUUCAUUUGAAUAGUAUUAACUGCAUUCCUAUAUUGAUGGCUUACGUUGUUCUUAGCCAUGAGAUCAUGGAUGUUUAUCAUUACACCCAAUACAAAAAUAAUGGAUUUGAGGUGAUGAUUGUGAUAGAUGUUCUCAUGGGCUGUGUGCUGAAUUACUCCUUGUUUCUCUGUGCAACUGCGAACUCUGCACUCACUACUAGCCUCGUGGGGGUAGUGAAAGGCGUCUUGACCACGUUCAUUGGCUUCUUUACAUUCGGCGGUGUGCCGGCCACGUUUCUGACCGUAUCAGGUGUUGUCCUUAACACUUUAGGCGGGGUUCUGUACAGCUAUGGGAAGUACAUGGAAAAAGUGAAAAAAGAAGUCGAAAAGCACUUCCACGAACAUACGGAAAUAAUUGAGGUCGUAAGCUCAGAAACAGGCGAUCAAUUGCCAGACAAAAAGACUUUAAAAGCCGUUGACACAGAAAAAUAGUAUAACAAAUCAGGGCAGCUGUGGGGAUAUUGGUAGUUAGUUGGUUGAUAUUAUUUGUUACAAAAAAUUAACCCUUCUUGACACCCUCGAGGGCUAGCAUUUUAAGGCCGAAAAUCUUCUUAAUGCAAAAAAAUAACACCCAAUGAGUUAUUAGGAAGAGAAUUACACAAAUGAUCAAUAGCAAUAAUAAACAGGCAUUUGCAAUUAGAAAUUAGUUUGAAAUUAUUAAAUUGGAAUUCAAAUGAAGUUACAGUAGGGAGGUAUUUCCAGUAGAAUUGUCGGCAGUUUUCUCCGCCCACAAGGGUGCUCCAAACCUUGACGGAAGCAAGAAGGCGAUUCAUUAGUUCGUCGGCGAGAGUUCGCAGAAUAUUAAAAACUACUGUAAGCAUAGAAUAGUAUAUGGACCCUGUUGGUUGCGAGCCUUUUUAUGGUGAGCAAUUAUACGUAGUCUUCGAAGUCCCCAAGGGCUUAUUUCAAGGUUUAUAAUUUGCCCAACUUUCAUUGACCAUAAGGUCAAUUUAUUAUUAUUAUUAUUUAUUAAUUUAUAUUUGUAUAAAUACUUCAAUAGUGCCGUCGUAUAUUUAUUUAAGUUCAAUAACGAAGCCAUGGCUUAUUUUUCAUACAUAUUUAAUUAUGACAUUCAGAUGAAGACAUUUUAUUCGUUAACAAUUUCGGUAUACACCUAUUUCAACAAAGGUUGCGACCGAGAAUCAAAGUAUUGUAACCCGCAGUGGUACAUGGACAACGUAUAAACGGCUGAAUCCUAGUCUCUGACCGCCGUGUGAACGUUUAGGUAAACAAAAAUGCUUAAGCCUUCUAAACCUGUGUUUUUUAUGCUUAUUUUUUAGUUAUUUGAUACCAAUGAAGCACUGGUGGUGUGGGUCGAUUCUCCGGGUGCAACCUUAUUUCAAAUAGGUGUACAUAUAUUUUCUCCAAUCUCUUAUUUCAUUCAGUCAUCUUCGCAAUUCCUAUACUACUUUGUAAACGCAUAACAGUUAAUAGUCGUUUCUUAUUUUAGGCUCCUAAAACAUACUUUCUAUAUUCAGUGCUUUCCAUUCGUGUGUUAUUAUUUAAUUUUUAAUCUCUAUAUUUUAAAGAAAUGGCAUAUGAAUAAACAAAUGCAAUGAUAUAA